CCGCCGGGACUCAGCGUCUCCUCAGAUCCCGAGAAUGCUGGUCAUGGCGCCGCGAACCCUCCUCCUGCUGCUCUCAGGCGCCCUGGCCCUGACCGAGACCUGGGCGGGCUCCCACUCCCUGAGGUAUUUCUACACCGGGGUGUCCCGGCCCGGCCGCGGGGAGCCCUGCUUCAUCGCCGUCGGCUACGUGGAUGACACGCAGUUCGUGAGGUUCGACAACGACGCCCCGAAUCCGAGGACGGAGCCGCGGGCGCCGUGGGUGGAGCAGGAGGGGCCGGAGUAUUGGGAUCGGGAGACGCGGAACUUCAAGGACGCCGCACAGACUUUCCGAGCGAACCUGCACACCGCGCUCGGCUACUACAACCAGAGCGAGGCCGGGUCUCACACCGUCCAGUGGAUGUACGGCUGCGACGUGGGGCCGGACGGUCGCCUCCGCCGCGGGUACAGUCAGCACGCCUACGACGGCGCCGAUUACAUCGCCCUGAACGAGGACCUGCGCUCCUGGACCGCGGCCGACGCGGCGGCUCAGCUCACCAAGCGCAAGUGGGAGGCGGCCGGUGCUGCGGAGCGCGAAAGGAACUACCUGGAGGGCAGGUGUGUGGAGGGGCUCCUCAGAUACCUGGAGACCGGGAAGGACACGCUGCAGCGCGCAGACCCUCCAAAGACACAUGUGACCCAUCACCCCAUCUCUGACCGUGCGGUCACCCUGAGGUGCUGGGCCCUGGGCUUCUACCCUGAGGAGAUCUCACUGACCUGGCAGCGUGAUGGGGAGGAUCAGACCCAGGACAUGGAGCUUGUGGAGACCAGGCCUUCAGGGGACAGAACCUUCCAGAAGUGGGCGGCCCUGGUGGUGCCUUCUGGAGAGGAGCAGAGAUACACGUGCCAUGUGCAGCACGAGGGGCUUCAGGAGCCCCUCACCCUGAGAUGGGAACCUCCUCAGCCCACCGUCCCCAUCAUGGGCCUCAUCGUUGGCCUGGUUCUCUUGGUGGUCACUGGAGCCGUGGUGGCUGGAGCUGUGAUCUGGAGGAAGAAGCACUCAGGUGAAAAAGGAAGGAGCUACGCUCAGGCUGCAAGUGAGUGUGGAGGGGGUGUGACUCCUGAGACCCUUGCAGUGACAGUGCCCAGGGCUCUGAUGUGUCUCUCACGGAUCCUAAAGUGUGAGACAGCAGCCUCGUGGGGACUGAGUGAUCCACGGUCCCACUUUGUGGCUUAAGAUCCUGUGACUCCUCUUUUCUGCAGCUGCAUCUGAAUGUGUCUGUGUUCCUCGUAGCAUAAUGUGAGGAGUUGGGGAGACUGGCCCACCCCUGCCCACCACGACCUCUCCCCACACUGACCUGUGUUCUCUUCCCACCCUGACCUGUGUUCUCUUCCCUGAUCCACUUGCCUGUUCCAGCAGAGGCAGGGCUGGGCCACCUCCAUCCCUGUCUUAACUUCGUGUUGCACUGAGUAAUAAUGUCCUACUUGCCUGUUGGAAAUAAAAUCUAUAUAUGAA